CCUGGCCCAGGGGACGCAGGGACCCUCAUUAAUCAGCGCGGAUUAACGAGGCACAGGGGAACGGGGGCAGUGUCCCUGUGUCCUCGUGUCCCCGUCCCGCUGAGAUCUGUCCCUGCGACCUGGCAGAGCUGGCCACGGGGACGCAGCGCUGCCACCCCCCCAGGGGAGGACAACCCACCCCCACCCCAGGGCAGGGCCAACCCCGCUGGCUGCGGUAUUUAGGGCCCCGGGACGGGACGUGGCCCCAGAGCGGUGGCAGCCACUCCUGGCUCAGGUGUCCUGGGGACGAUGACGGUGACGUACACGUCGCGUGUGGCCACCGCGCGCUUUGGGGGUUUCUCACAGCUGCUGCUGCUGUGGCGUGGGAGCAUCUACAAACUGCUGUACCGUGAAGUGCUGCUCUUCCUCGGGGCGUACCUGGGGCUGAGCAUGGCGUACCGGUUUCUGCUGUCGGAGCCACAGCGGCGCCUCUUUGAGAAGCUGGUGCUGUACUGCGACCGCUCCGCAGAGCUCAUCCCCGUCGCCUUUGUGCUUGGUCAGAGCGCCUUCAGCUGCCACUUCUCCCUCCUACGCCGCAAGAACAGCGCCAGCUGUGAGGGGGGGCAUGGGGCUGAGCCCCCCCCAGGGGCACCCACUGAAGGAGAUGGGGACAGCCUGGGGGGGGACACAGCUGUGCUGCUGGGGAGCGUCACAGGGGAGUCGCCCCACAGCUGGGACCCGCGCCCCGGAGAUGACAUGGUAUAG